AAAAGUAGCAACACUUUCUCCCAAAAAAAUACCUGGUCAGUGGUCACCAUUUCUCCCCGUCGCUUCAGUUUUUCCAAAGAAGAGGGAGAAAACUGAGCUGAGGGGCAUCCUCUGUAGAGGGAAGAGGAAACUCAUGGAUGUAGGAUUCUUAGGUCUGGGAAUCAUGGGCAAGGCAAUGGCCCUCAACCUCCUUCGAAGCGGAUUCCGUGUUACGCUCUGGAACCGAACUCUCUCCAAGUGUCAAGGUCUUGUUGAACAUGGGGCCUCUAUAGGACAAACUCCAGCAGCUGUUGUUAGCAAGUCAAAGUAUACCAUUGCUAUGCUGGCUGAUCCAUAUGCUGCUCUCUCGGUUGUAUUUGAAAAAGAUGGAGUCCUUGAGCAAAUUUGUGAAGGAAAAGGCUACAUUGACAUGUCUACAGUUGAUGCUGCCACUUCAUUAAAGAUUAGUGAGGCUAUUACUAAGAAGGGUGGAAGUUUUCUUGAGGCUCCAGUUUCUGGCAGCAAAAAGCCGGCUGAAGAUGGUCAGUUAAUAAUACUUGCUGCUGGUGAUAAGGAAUUAUAUGAUGCUGCAAUUCCUGCAUUUGAUGUCUUAGGGAAGAAGUCCUUCUUUCUUGGAUCAGUUGGAAAUGGAGCAAAUAUGAAACUGGUGGUCAACAUGGUCAUGGGAAGUAUGAUGAACGCAUUAUCCGAAGGGCUUUCCUUGGCAAGCUCAAGUGGAUUGAGUCGGCAGACAUUUCUUGAUAUAUUGGUAAAGAAACCAACUAAAAAAAAAAAAAAUCAAAUUUCAAUAUGGUUGAUUUGAAAACUAUGCCUUUAA